GAGUGCGCAGACGUAGACGACAACUUUGGCUCAGAAACUAACUUGGAAUUUUCUCUUCGCGCCUUAGCUCAGAUGUACGUUAACAUGUAACAGUUAAGUAAGGGAGGUAACGCGGAACACUAUGAAUCCAGAAACAGAUGUGCCAUUUAUGAGGAUUUCAGCUACUGUUAGGAGAAGCAGUCCGCAAGAGUCCUACAGUCCUCCAGGGUCAAGCAGUGGGUCAAGUUUUGCUGAUCUUCUGUCCGGUGGUCCAUUUGCAGAUGAACCAUGGUGUUCCUUCGAACUUGGAUCCCAUUUGUCAGAGGAUUCAUCCAGCACCAUGGACAGAAAGCUUGCUGUGCUUACAGAGAAUGAAGUCAUGAGGAGCUCCAAGAGGCAAUCCAAUCAAGAUUCCAUCCGAGUGCAGAGGAUGCGCUCAGACCUACCCGAGCCCAGGCAGUUGCGCACCAGACCCAAGAGAGGAAACAAGACCAAGGGCAAACGGCAUGGGUGGGACAUCAGCGAGCAUAUUGCCCAGCUGAAGCGAAAAUGCUCCGACUUCAACUGGGGAAAGGCCGCUGUGGAAAUCAGGAACAGGCACAAGUCAGAGGAGGUGGUGGCCACAGUGAGGAGGUGCAGUCUGCCGCCACCGUCAGACACCCGGACCUCCUGGGAGCCUGUGUGCGAUGCUGGUGCACGCACACGUGGACAUGCUGUGUCUGGCUUGUGUCGUGGCGAUGCUGUCCAUUCUGAGGCGACAGAUUUCUGGAGGUGGGACGGAGGAGCUGCGAUAAGUCCUCUUGAGCUGGGCGACCAGGAGAUUCCCAGCUACCUACGUCCGCCCAGCAAAUCGAGUUAUCAGUGGCAGUCAAAGAUUUCUCAGGUUCCUGAAACUCCGCCUUUCCUUGAGAAUCCAAUCCUUUACAGCCACUUGGACAGUGAAGAAACUGUGGGGCUGGCCACCAGCAAAAGUCCAACAGUGUCUUCCCAUCACAACUCAAGAUGGGACCAGUUCAUAAUGCAACAAGAGGACUGAUAGAUAACAUCAGAUGCCCUAUCUAAUGGUACAUUAUACAUGUACCUAAAACAAAUCGUAUGAUACCGACUUGGAACCAAGUCUGUCUGAGAAGAUCCGGGCAGCACUCAACAGAGAUUAUUUUGUUCUCAUUUUUACAGAAGACAUUUAGAAUCUUUGCAGACUAAAUUGAAUGUUAGUAUUGAAAUGAAAA